AUGGAUAGUAGCAAAGGAAGUUCGAAGGAAGGUGGUGAGUUUUCAGACUCCGGAGAGCUUCAUGAUUCAAAGUGUGAAAAUCCUAAACUAAGUGCUUUGCAUGAAUACCACCUAGCUUUUGCACUGGAAGCUAAUUCUGAUGUACAGCACCCGCAAAUAUUCUCGAAACGGCGAGAUAUUGUUUCAGGUGACAUCGAACCCGCGGACGAGGAUUGCGAUUGGCCUACCGACGAUGACGAUUUAUGCUUAGACAAUUUAUCAGAAAAAUUAAAAAGCACAGCCAAUGUCACCAAAGAUAUUAAUAAUAGCAAUAAAGAUUCCCUGAGCGAAGUUAAAGGUGUACCAGACUUCUGGCUGAAAACUCUAGAAAACAUAUCGUUAUUUGAGGAAAUGGUACAAGAUCAUGAUCGUGAUAUUCUCAAGCACUUAACAGACCUCAAAUGUGUCCUUAAUACCGGCGAAGAGUCGGAUGAAGAUACCGAAAUGCUUUUAGAGUCUGACUUCAAGCUUGGUCAGUUUUUAAGGGAAAGUGUUAUUCCGAAAGCUGUACUCUACUUCACUGGUGAGGCAGUUGAUUCCGAGUUUGAUGAUGAUGAUGAGGACGACGAUGAUGAUGACGACUUAGAUGAUGAAGAUUUAAGUGAUGAAGAUGAAGACGAUAAGGAUGAAGAACAUGAAAAAGAGAACUCUCAUCUACAUUCAUGUCGCGGACGGCAUCAUCGUGCCCCAAAUCGACCGAAAUCUAAUCAAAACACUGGAGAAAAACAAGAAUGCCCACAACAAUAG